UAAAUAAUAUACAAACAUACCUAACCUAAUUUCCCUAACCUUAUAGCGUGGAACAUAAUUUUCCCACACAUUCAUUUCAUGGCUUCCAAGCUCUCAUUUCUAAACUCUCUCACUCAAAGAAAGAAACAAAAUAAUGCUAUUAAAGAUGAUCACAUCAAUGAAGACAUAGCCAUAGUGAAAGCAGCUGCAUGGGCAUGGCAUCAACGUGGUUCUGGAUCAUGUAAUGAAGGAGAAGCUAAUUCAAGUAAUUUUUAUGUUACAAGGAGUAAUAUUCAUCGUGAACCAAGACCUUCUCGUUACAAAUUAGAAGCAAUGAGAUCAAUGGAAAAGGAAGAAAUUCACAAGAAGGAGAAAUCUCUACUUGAUGCAUAUGAAGUUCAAAGCAUUUCAAGGCACUUGAAUCGACUUAUAGAGUCUAAUAAACUUGUUAAUAGCACCGACAAUAUUGCUAGUACAAGUGUAGAUGAUGGUGUUAAAAGGACAAAGAAGAAGAAGAUAAGGAAAGGGUUUUUCCACAAGCAUGGUGUUGUAUGUGGAAGAUUGGGAGAUGUGGUUGAUCCAACUAGUGUUUCGAGGGAUGGUCGUCGACAAUUAGCUAAGAGUGUACCUUCUGCUAAGGGUUAUAAAUAAAGGUUCACAAUCGCAAUCUAGAUCACAAUAUAACAAUUUUUAUGUUGCCAAAAUUGUAAAACAAUGUGAUUGAAGUUGCAUCCACCGUAUUUCACUUUGAUUUUCACAUAUCAAAGAUUAUAAGGGGAUCGCAACCAUUAAUAUGCCCGGUAUUUAAAAUCCUUGAUCUUUUUUCUAA